AUGGCGAACAGUUCCCUCGGUUACGCGUCCUCGUCAAAUCUGCCGUUAACAGAUCGCUUCGAGAUAAUCAAAGAAGUCGGCGAUGGGAGUUUCGGGAGUGUCGUUUUGGCGAAGGUCCGGACAGCGGGGGCGAACGUAGCUCGGAGAGGUAGCGUGGUAGCGAUCAAGACGAUGAAGAAGAAUUUCGAGUCGUUCGCGCCGUGUUUGGAACUCCGCGAGGUGAUAUUCCUCAGGCAACUGCCGAUACACGCACAUCUGGUUCCGGCGUUGGAUAUCUUCCUCGACCCGCACACGAAAAAGCUACACAUCGCGAUGGAGUACAUGGAUGGCAAUCUCUACCAGUUGAUGAAGGCCCGGGAGGGAAAGCUUCUGGAAGGAAGCGUUGUCAAGAGCAUACUGUUUCAGAUUCUCUCCGGCCUCGAGCACAUCCACGCAAAUGGUUUCUUCCAUCGUGACAUCAAGCCGGAAAACAUCCUAGUAUCGACAUCGGCGACGAACCUUAACGAUACCGGCUCGUUCCGGAAGUAUUCGGCGAUGGUCACGCCUCCGUCCACUCCUCCCGUGUACUCCGUCAAGAUUGCAGAUUUCGGUCUCGCGAGGGAAACGUCGUCCAAGAUGCCCUACACUACCUACGUUUCUACCCGGUGGUACAGGGCCCCUGAGGUCCUUCUCCGUGCUGGGGAGUACAGCGCGCCGGUCGACAUCUGGGCGGUGGGCGCCAUGGCCGUUGAGGUCGCAACACUGAAGCCGUUGUUCCCUGGAGGAAACGAGGUUGACCAGGUCUGGAGAGUAUGCGAGGUGAUGGGCUCUCCAGGACAGUGGGUUGGACGUAGCGGCAAGAAGAUGGGUGGAGGCGAGUGGAGGGAGGGAACACGGUUAGCCGGACGGCUGGGUUUUAGCUUUCCAAGAAUGGCUCCUGUUCCCAUGGAGUCGAUCCUCGCGACUCCGACAUGGCCCACAUCGCUGGCCCAUUUCGUCACCUGGUGUCUUAUGUGGGAUCCCCGGAGCCGGCCAACAUCGGUGCAGGCAAUACAGCACGAAUACUUCAAGGACGCCGUGGAUCCGCUAUUGCCCAGGACUUCGACGCCCUCGCGGAUAGUCAAGAAGACUUCCGAACUCACGAUGAAACCAUCGCGUGACUCGAUGACCGAUAGUAUUCCUACUCUCGAGAAGAAAGGUUCGUGGUUCCGCAAGUCGUUUAUGGUUUCGCCUCCUCCCACGACGAAUCCCGAGACGAGACCGAGACCGGAGAAGAGAAGCACGUGGCACGCGCCAAAAGUUUCGUCUGGCGAUGGCCAGGUCAACAAUGGGGCUCCGAUGAUGAUCCUGCCGUCGAUACGGCCAGUUUCGCCACUGAGCGAUGCCGUGAGCGUACAGGCGGCUCGCGGCGAGAACGGAACAUCCUCGAGCAAGGAGCGCCGAAGCAAGGAGGAAAAGGCGGUGAAGAAGAUUGGAAGGCAGCUAUCGGUGGCGUCCAAGAAGUCUCACGAGAACGAUGGAUACACCAACGGCGUGCAGCAGGCGGUGGACAAGCUGAACGGCAACGUUCCAGGGGGAGGUUCACUCACUUCGCCGGUCGGUCGGGGGGAAAGCUUUUUCAGCCACCUGCGCAAGCGUGCGCGACGACUAUCGUCCCGAACGUCGGGUCUGCCUCCUUCGCCCGAAGACGACGAUCUGGAGACGGGUGUGGGCUGUGGAAUGUGGGGCGCAAAGGAUUCAGGGAGUAACCGGAGUAGCAUGUUGGUCGACUCACCUGGGGAUGUAUCAGGAAUUGACAAAGCUAUCAAGGAGGUUGACGCAGCGUUGGUCGAUUCCAACGGUGUUUAUCGAUCGAACUCGGCGAAUAUGCGACGGAACCUCAGUUUUCCUCCCACUCCGAAUGCCUCACGAGCUGGUGAGACUGUCGUCAAUGGCGUUGCUCAGACACCCACUUUUCCCCGCACACGGCGGAGCGUUCGGAAUACGAAGCAGCGAUACGAGACUCCCGACGAGCAAGAUGAAAUCGCCGAUGAGGUGCUUGCUGCCGCAUCCUGUGGAUACAGCAGUCGACAGACCUCCCAGACAUACGAAGCACCAACUCACAAAAGUUCCAACAAGGAUCUGGGACAUGUGUCUGCUACGAACGGCUAUCCUACACCGAGUACCCAGGCAGGUAACCAAUACUACGCCAAAGGGAUGGACAUCAGUGGAAAGAUGCGGAGAGAUGAUGAGAUGAUGGACCCCAAAUGGCCGACUCCUCCAAGCGAGGGAGACGCCGGCUGGGGUCAGAGCAUCUACUCGCGGCGGUAG